ACACUAGUCAUAUAAUUCUUAAUUCUUAAAAAAAAAGAAGAGGAAAAAAAGGAAACUGUUCAGCGUCAAUCAAAGUGGCUCGAAUGGAUAAUAAAAAUCUCUGCGGUGUUAUAUUUAUAAAUGAUGAACGAUUUUUAUCAUUUCAUUGUUCCAAAUGCAAAGAAAUCUUCGGAACACCUGACCAAUUAAUAAAGCAUUUAUCCGAACAUUACACUGAAAUCAAAAUGCAAAAAAUUGAUUAUCAACUGGAUGGAGAGUAUGGUGAUGAUGAUGAGUGCAUUGAUGAAGAAUGCGAUGCUGAAGAGUACGAUGAGGAAGUGUAUGCCAGCGAAGAAUUUGUCGAUGAAAUGUGUGAUGAUGAAGUAUACGCUGACGGAGUGUGUGACGAUGAUAUCGUUUAUUUAAAAAAUGAUGAUGAAAAUAUUUCGGCGGCAAUUGUUGAGGAUAUGUCAGAUAAGUCGUCCAUAGUAAACGACAAAACUCGCACGGAAACUAUAAAAUCGCAGGUGUUCACCGUACUAGAAUCGGCGACUGCGUCGCAAACAAGCAACCCUUUGAUUAAUGAAAUUUUGAAUUCACCGAAAAAACAACGUGUUUGUAAAAUCCAGGUUAAAUUUCGUAGUGGUCGACCGCGUAAAGUAUUUGAUCAGCCGCGUGAGCACAAGUGCGAAUUGUGCGGUGCCGCGUUUAAGGAUAAGUACGUUCUUCAACGUCAUGUUAUACGUCAUAGCGGUCAAAAAGAACACGCGUGCCCAAAAUGUCCAAAAAAGUUCUAUACUCGCAUGGAAUUGAAACUACACGAUCGUCGUCACACUGGUGAACGUUCAUACUUAUGCAUGUUCUGUGGUAAAUCGUUUGUAACGUCAAGUGAAUUUAACGGUCACCUUCAGCGUCAUGAAAAUAAACGUACCUAUACGUGUGAUAUAUGUAAUAAAAGCUUUUUCGAUGGCUGUCAUUUGCGUGAGCACAAGGUUAUGCAUAGUGAAGAACGUGCGGUACAUUGUACAAGAUGUCCGGCCACUUUUAAAACUAAAAAACGAUUAAGUGCCCACAUGAAAAUUCAUUUAAAUUUACGUGAGCACAAGUGUAAUAUUUGUGGAGCGGCUUUCAAUCAAUCACCUGGCUUAACUUCUCAUAUGAAGACGAAACAUAAAAUAGCAAAUAAAACUUUAAUUAAUUAAUUGAACAAUUCACAAUUCUUUGUUUUUAAUACGAUCUAUGAUACGAUCUACUUGAAUUAUUCAAAAAUAUAUUGAUUUAUAAAAACAUUCAACUUAAUAAAUGCAAUAAGAGAAUGUGUUAUAUUAAGUUUCACAUUAAAAAUGGAUUUCAAAAAAUUAGACGGAAUAUUUUUCUUGCUCAAGUUUUUGCUAAAGAAAGAAAAGAUUAU